CCGGAAGCGUUUCCCGGCGCUGCUUCCGGCCAGCUCAGCUCACUCCGCACCUCAACAUGUCGGGCGCGGCGGGGUCGGGCGCGGGCGGCGCGGGGUCCGCGGGCUCGGUGGGCUCGGUGGUGCGGCGCUUCCUGGCCGAGUACGGCAGCGGCACGCCGAGUCGCCUCAAGGUGCUGGACGCCUACCUGCUCUACGUGCUGCUCACCGGCGCGCUGCAGUUCGGCUACUGCCUCGGCGUCGGCACCUUCCCCUUCAACUCCUUCCUCAGCGGCUUCAUCUCCGCCGUCGGCAGCUUCAUCCUCGGCGUUUGCCUCCGGAUCCAGAUAAACCCGCAGAACAAAGGCGAGUUCCAAGGCAUUUCUACAGAGAGGGCAUUCGCCGACUUCCUCUUUGCCAACACUAUCCUGCAUCUUGUCGUUAUUAAUUUUGUUGGCUGAACUCUUGAAGAGACUGUAAGGUCUCGAAUUCCUCUGGGGUUCUGAUGUUAAAACCUGUCAUGGGGAAGUGUUGUUCCCCAUCAGACUUGUAACUGCUUCCAUGGUGAGGAAGGGGAAGCAGGGAGUAAAGUUUUUGCUACAGACUGUCCUAUGGAAGGGUCUACUGCCUCAUUUCAGUUGCUGUAAUCGUUUAUUUCAAUAAAGCCCUUCAUAGUACUGCACA